AUGACCAACGGUAGGCGAGUGCACGCACUUUUUGAACUUGGAGUGCAGCUCAUCCGACUUUCAGGUGAUAAUGUGUCGAUUGUGACACUCGAUCCGGUGGCGGACGGCAUUCAGUUGCCGACGACUGUCACCAUGCAUCCGGAGGCACUGGAGCCCACCGACGAACGUCAAUCUGCGGGAGCUCCGAGCCCGCCGCCGUUGCCUCAGAAGACGGCUAUUAUCACGCUCGAUGCAACGAACAUUCUUCAGGUAACUUAAUCGGAAACUUAAUGCUGCCGAAAAUGUCUGGAAAUCGCGUCCUACCGCUGAAAUCUUCGCUGAAAUGCAGUGCUAAACUAGAAAAAGUCGGUAGGUAGAGCGAUUUUCCAGAAUUCCGCAGCGUUUAGGCAAAAAACGUACAGUUUCGUAACGGUUUCAUGAGUCACAAUCACACUGUUGAGCCCCUACAUUGUACUAGUUUAUUUUUCUUCUGUUGUUGUUUUUUCUCCCCUUCUCCUUUCCGCCCUCCAAUUUCAUUUUCAACAUGUGUCCUUCGAUCCUCUCUUUUCCUCUUUUCCCCUCAAUUGAUCACCUCUCUCUGUCUCUAUCUCUCUCCUCGCAUUCCUGCUGUAAACCAGACAGAUGCUCUCGGCAGUGGGGGCGGCUUUCCGUCUUCUUCUUCUUCUUUUCUGCUCCAUCUCUUCUCACCUCUGUUUGCUUCUUUUUGUUGUUGUUGUGUUGUUUUACUCAUAAUAAGAAAGUUGCCGAAACUGUACGAACUGAGUCAUCGCCGUACAUUUUGUAAAAUGUCCGAUUGCAGGAAGAAGAAACUAACGUGAAAUCGGGAAACAACAACGAAGAGAAGAUGUACGAUUCUCCGAGAUACCAGACGACGACUACUGUAGUCGAGACGACCGAGUACAUUUCGAAUGACGGACCGGCAGUGCGGGUGAGCCUUCCGUCGCUUCCGUCCGUCCACUGCCCACCGUUUUCCAGAUCGAAAUUCCCCGUCUCGACUGUGAAUACAUCCGGACUCUCGGUGGAAUCAUGAAGGUCGUCUGCAUCGUUCUCUGUCUUCUCACCUUCCUUUUCGUCAUGAUGGGCCCGGCUUACUACACCGGUACUCUCCGUUUUCCCUCCAAGAUCCACCAUCUUCUUCAGGCGUAGGGUGGGCGACGUUCGUCUCUUCCGUUGGAAUCUUCGUCACCACUUCCCUGCUGACUCUCUAUCUUUUCCGAGUCGUCGACACUCUUCCAUCAGUUAACUGGAUCGUUUGCGUGAGUCAUAAACCUUAUGGCUUAUUGUAAUAUAAGAGUUCUUCAGGAGAUGGUUUAUUGCUUCGCCUGGACCGUUUUCUUCUUCAUCGCCGCCUGUGUUUUAGCGGUCGCUUCUGCUCAAUACCGUGGAACUUUCUCGUGGGCAAUUGCUGCCGUCAGUGCUCUUCCAUUUCUGAUCCCUUCCAAACUCAAUUUCUUUCGUUUCAGUUCUUCGCCUUCGGAGCCAUGUGUGCCUAUGGAUUCGACUGUUAUCUCAAGUUCCUUUCGUGGAAGAACGACGAAAGAGCGACGGGCGGUCCGAAUCCGACGGUUAUUCAGCAGCAGAGACGCAACUUCGUCUAG